AUGACGUACUGCGGGCGUCCGUCUACAGCUUGCCACGCCUGUAGACAGAAACGCGGCAAGUGCGAUAGGAGAAAACCAGGGUGCGGUCAAUGUGCCCGGAAACGCAUUUCAUGUCCAGGGUACCGAGACCCAGACACCAUCGUCGUUAGAGAUCAGACUGUCUCAACGAUCAGGCGGUUUCGCGCCAAAAGAGAUAGACUGACCAAAGAAUUAACGCCGCACGAGAGCGCGAUACUGCCGCCAGUACAUGAACACCCUACUAAGCCAACUAAGCCAACCACGACCCCACCUGACAGUCUUUCAUUUGGUCUGGCCAUUGCGCCCGCCCCAGAAGACGCUGCCUCCGCAUUUUUCCUGUUCUGCUACGCACCAGCAGGGCCUAUGGCUUGCCUUCCGAUCCUAGCUAAUGUCUGUUCUCCGGCAGAUGUGCUCUUAAUGCCAGCGUUGCUCGCCCCUGCUUUAGCAAUUUUGUCAUUCGAGUUUAAACAGCCAUCACUCAUGAAACUUGCGCGGAAGAAUUACGCCACCGCUCUCAAGGAGGUCAAUCUAGCCCUGGCCUCACCCACACACGUAGCCAACGAUUCGACCUUAGCGUCUGUUCUGCUCCUAGCUCUCUUUGAAGCUGUGGCUUUCCAGCGCAGCGACUCUCUGAAUAGCUGGACAGUGCAUGUCAAUGGCGCAGCCGAGCUCCUCAAGGUCCGCGGGCCAAGUCAGUUCGAGUCGGCUCUAGGUCGUGCCCUGUUUCUUGACGUUAGCAAUGGCAUCUACGCGUCAUGCGCACAGCGUCGGAUUGCGACGCCAGCAGCCAUAUCGGAGCUAUGGGUGCACUGGCGCAAGAUCGCGGGUGAUGACGGUCCCGAGGUUGGGAUGGGGCGUGUUUCCGACGCGAUGGCGAAUCUUCUGGCUCGAAUGACGGCUAGUGGUGAGGAAAGUCUAGGUAAUGAGGGUGUUGUACGGGAAGGACUCGAGCUGGACGCUCUUCUCGUACACCUACUGGAGCAGCUUGAGGAGAUAUCCCCAUAUCAAACCCUGCCGCCUGUCGAAGUGCCCACACUGGCAUAUAAUAAUGUCGCUCACAACUAUAAAUCGCCUCAAGCUGCUCGACAUUGGAACGUGUUACGUAUGAUGAGAAUGUUUGUCAACAAAUGGGUCUAUCGCGCCGCAAGCGCCAUGCAAGAUGUUUCGAUAGGCGGAGUUGGUUCCGAGGAGGUUAUUCUCCCAGAAAGAUUGCUCGAAAUGACUGCCAGAAAUUCUGAGACAAUGGCGUUCGACGUCCUCAGCAGCGUACCCUUCUUCCAAUGUCUACCAUCCUGGAGGCAUUCCAAUCAAAGUAUGGCGAGGUGGCUGAUCUGGCCGUUGUCAGCAGUUGCUGUCUCCAUGUUUGUCCCGGUCUCGGCGCAGAUGUAUGCCAGGAACAGUUUGCAAGCUAUUGUUAAGGAUUCUGGCCUAUCCCAGGCGGCUGAGGCUUUGGACAUGGUGGACGAGCGACGGAGUUUAGAGAAUUGGUUACACUUGUGCCACUUGUCGUAG